UUAUGGGAAUUAAUGCAUUGAGAAAAACCAUCUGUGAAUUCGACGUUGAAUGCGACGACGAACUCUCGUCUCCUUCGUUCGUCUUCCUUUACGUUCUAAGUGGUAUAAGUGGUCAAGGUUGCCAGAAAAUUCCGUCGAGCUGGUCGUUACGUUUGACGAUCCUCUCGUUUUUGUUUAUGGGAAUGUCACUAUUUUGUGGAUUUAGCAGUACAUUGACUUCGUAUUUAACAAUCGGGAUAACAUCUGUACCUCUUACUAGUUUAAAAGAUGUUGCCGAAAAACGUACUCAUUCUUUAUGUGUAAGAAACAAUAGCGGUGCUUACAUCCAUUUCACAGUGAAUGGAUUAAGAGGAGAGGAUUUAAUGCCGGAAUGGAAAGAUCUAGUGAAUAAAGAUUGUCCUGAUAUGAUGGACAUGUUUACUAUUGGCUCAAACCUUUGUACUCCUGGUUUUGUUUAUUUAGAAGGACCAGAUAUUUUCCUAUCAAUUUAUCAACAAGUACUAAACCAAUGUCACUACGUGCAAUUACCUCAACCAUAUUGGACCCUAAAAUUAGCUUUUCAACAUGCCAGAUCCUCAAAAUAUAAAAAGAUCAUUGAUCUAUACUUGAUGCGUCUCCGUUCAGUCGGUAUAUUAGAUUACCUUGAAAAAAAAUGGAUAAAGAAAAAACAGGACAACAUUUUAGGACAGCCUCAAUGGACUGACUUUCGAGCUGUCGAAUAUGAUCAUAUACAUAUCGUAUUUUCAAUGCUCUCAAUUGCUGCUUUAUUUAGCGUACUGAUAUGCGUUCUUGAAAAUAUUUUUUACAGAUGGCAAAUAUCGCCACAAAAAAAAACUUUGUGCGUUAUUAAUCGAAAAACUGCAAUCCCUUGAUAUUCCAUCUUUUAUCGACAUGGACAAACACCGCCAGUUUUUAUCACGAAAAAAGAAAUUUCUUUUUCACGCAAAACAAAUUGUAGAAAAUCUUCGUAUUAUCGACGGUUUUUCUACCUCGCGUUUUCUUCUAUAUCGAU